AUGGAUAAUGCCAACUUGUGGACUCGCCGAGCAAACUCCUCCAAACUGUCUUUGUCCAUGUCCGGAACCGACGGCAAGGACGGUGCCCGCGUCGACUUGCCCCGCUCAUCCAAACGAUUCGGCCCCGACAGUUCGCAUGGCCGCUCCAAUCCCUUUAACGCAGUAUCCCCCAUGUCUACCGGGGUCUCUUCUCCAUCUACCAAUGCCUCAUCCGCCUUUGGCCUAGGAUCGGGUGCAUUCGCCUCGUUCGGCGCCCCCAAGUCCGGAGGCUCCUCAGAAAUAAAGACUCCCGGUGAGAAGCGCGAUCACUCUGCAGAGCAGGAGGAUGCCAUUAGAGCCAAGGCCCUGGCCCAAGCUUCCAUGUCCGGGCCUGGAGAACAUCCGCUCAAGUCGACCUGGAUCGUCUGGUACCGUCCACCUACACCCAAGUACUCGGACUAUGAGAAGUCGACCGUGCCGCUGGCAUCGAUAUCGUCGGUAGAGAGUUUCUGGGCCGUAUACUCGCAUCUCAAGCACCCGUCGCUGCUUCCGACAGUGUCGGACUACCACAUCUUCAAGAAGGGCAUCCGGCCCGUUUGGGAAGAUGAGGCGAAUAAGCGCGGUGGCAAGUGGAUCGUGCGACUGAAGAAGGGUGUGGCAGAUCGGUACUGGGAGGAUCUAUUGCUGGCGAUGGUGGGUGACCAGUUUGCCGAGGCUGGGGAUGAGGUCUGCGGUGCCGUGCUGAGCGUGCGGGGCGGCGAGGACGUUUUGAGUGUAUGGACACGGAUUGAUGGGGGGCGGAACAUCAAGAUCAGAGAAACGAUCAAGCGUCUGCUCGCCUUCCCGUUCGACACCAACAUUAUCUGGAAGAGUCACGACGAUAGCAUUGCUCAGCGCUCUGCUAUCGAUCAAGCUCGUCACGAGAAAGUGACCGCAUCCUCUAACCCUGCGGCCCACUUGGGUUCAGAGCGGCGGCGCACCGGCCUUGAUGAUUCAGAGAAGUCCUCAUAA